AUGUUCUUUGCAUUAUUGGGCCUCAUGUCUGCUGCUGCCGUUAAGCCACGUGCUACAAAGGUUGGUGACUCCACACAGAAGUGCGUUAUGUGCAAGUUCUAUGUUUCAAUGAUCGAAGACUAUCUUGAGGACGGAAAGACAGAACAGGAAAUCAUUGAGAAGCUCGAAUCAUACUGCCAGUAUGUCACAGCUGACCUCAGAGUCAUCUGCGAUAAACUUGUUGAAGUCGGUGUCCCAGCAAUCAUCAAGUACCUCAAGGAUAACGAACCACCGGCUGCCGUUUGCAAACUUAUCAAGUUCUGCAAGGACUAA